AUGCAUCCGAUCUCAGCAUGCCGGCGCGCAUCGCCUCUCUCGACGCCGCGCUUCCAAGACAUCUUCGUCGACGCGAGUCUGAAGGCGGAUCGAGCGGGCAUCGGAGUCAAUUACCAUACGCGCCGGGAGUUCGAGAAGUACAGCCUCGUCCGCCGCCCAGACCGCCGCCCGGACAGCAACCACGCGGAGCUCGCCGCCAUCUUCGUGGCCCUCCUCCAUUCGCGAGGGAGCCGGAAGACUCGAAUCUUCACGGACAGCCAGACGAGCAUCGAUCUGAUCCGCGAGGGCACGCUCGACCCGCGCUUCGCCGUCCUGGUCGGAUGCUCGCGCUGGCUACUGGCGGAGAGUGAGGAGACGCUGCUGUUCAAAGUCAAGGGCCACUCCGGGGUCCCUGGCAACGAGGUGGCACAUCGGCUCGCGGCCAUGGGAAGGCGCGACGGCGCGAUCGUACUCCCCGACUACUUGAUAGGCCGCGCCGAGUGCCGUGACCGACUCAUCCCGGCGCUCAUCGACGAGUGCGCCCGCCUGAACCAGUGGCAGAUCGAGUCAUUCAAGCGGACGCAGGCAGGAGCGUCCUCGCAAGCGGAGAUCAUGAGCAGCAGCUCGGUCUGCACCAAGAAACGGACGAUGCCCACCAUCUCGGGCGAGGUGCCAUCCUCGGAAGCAGCCAGUUCCCGAAGCUCCCUGACGCGGCUCCUGACGUCGAGCGCCUCCACUCCCACCAGUUUUCUCGAGAGCGAGAGCAAUCUACUGGGUCUCAUGCUCGCUUCCUUGUCAUAUGCGGCCGACAAUAUGACGUUCGACUUCAAACCACACUUUCACAAGGCGUUCCAAUUGGCAGAGGAGAUCGGGAGCGGGAGCUUCGGACGCACCCACGUGGCCUUCGCCAGGAAGAUGGGAGAUGGGGAUGGCAAGCGAGUGGCCGUGAAGGUCAUUCCCAAACGCCGGAUGUCGAGCCAGGUCGAGAUUGACGACGUGGUUCGAGAGGUAGAAAUCCUGCGCGUGCUCCAGCGCAACGAAAACGUGGUCGAGUUCAUAGACGCUUACGAGGACGCCAUGAACGUAUACAUAAUCAUGGAGCUGUGCUCGGGUGGGGACCUGUCGGACAGGAUCCUGGACGCCGGAGGGCGGUGCUCUGAGGAGAGCGCGGUGCCCUUGGUGUGGCAGAUCCUCAGCGCAGUCGCAUACAUGCACAGGCGAGGCGUCAUUCACCGGGACAUCAAGCCCGAAAACUUUCUGUUCGCAUCGGAUGACGAGAAUUCAAUCCUCAAGGCCAUCGACUUUGGCCUCUCCGACUACUGCCGAGAAGGGGACGUGCUCAGUGACAUCGUGGGGAGCCCGUAUUUCGUCGCGCCCGAGGUACUGAAGAAGGCAUACGACCUAAAGGCGGACGAGUGGAGUAUAGGCGUCAUGACGUACAUCAUGCUGGUAGGAGCCAGACCGUUUUAUGGCCGCACGCAAUCCGAGGUAUUCAGGUCGGUCCUGGACGAAAAGCCGAAUAUGGAGGAGGUGGAGAUAACGGCGGAGGCCAGGGACUUCAUAGAAAAGUUACUGACGCGAGACGUGCGAGGAAGACUGACGGCCGCUCAGGCCUUGACGCAUCCAUGGAUGAGCGAAGUCCGGAACCGAUAA